AAUAUUGCAUAUGUAAGUAGCACCUUAGAUUUCCGCCUUUCCUUCUCAGAGGAAGCUUUCCACCUUUACAACAAAGAUUUCUUCCAAGAUGUUGGAGAAGUUGUUCGUGUUCGACUUAUUGUAAACCACGAGGGUAAGCAUGUGGGUUAUGGCUUUGUUGACAUCGCUUCUGCUAACGAAGCAAAGAAGGCGCUGGAAAAGAAGAAUGGUGAAUAUUUGCACGAUCAUAAGAUCUUUCUUGAAGUGGCUAAGACAGCUCCAGACCCUCCACGACCCAAGUACAACCUUGCAGAGAAGCUUUGUUACGAAGACUACCUUCGACGACAAAACCUUGUGAUAGGAGAGGACGUGGCAGUGGAAGGACUUGACGAAUCUCCCAUUUUUGUUGAGGCAGUUGCUGUAAGAAAAAAGAUGCUCUUUGUUUCUGGUCUCUCUCGCGAAUCUGAUAUAUCACAUAUCAUCAAUUUCUUCAUAGAUGUUGGAGAAGUUGUUCAUGUUCGACUUAUUGUAGACUACAUGGGCGAGCCUGUGGGCGAUGGCUUUGUUGAGUUUGCUUCUUCUGACGAAGCAGAGAAGGCACUGGAAACGAGGAACGGUGAAUAUUUUCACGAUCAUAAGAUUUUUAUUGUUGUGGCUAAGAAAGCUCCAUAUCCUCCACGACCCAAGUAUUGCAUAGAUCACAAGGUUUGGUAUGAAGACUACCUCCGGCGAGAAAGCCUUCUGAUAGAAGAUGAGGCAGUGGAAGGAUUUGAUGAAGUUCUCGAUUUUAUUGAGGAAGUUGCGGCAAGAAGGAAGACGCUAUUUGUUUCCAAUAUCCCUUGCAAAGAUAAAAUACCAAAGAACACUAAAUUACCAAAGAUCAUCGAUUUCUUCAAAGAUGUUGGAAAAGUUGUUUGUUCUCGACUUAUUGUAGACCACAAUGGUGAGCAUGUGGGCUGUGGCUUUGUUGAGUUUGCUUCUGCUAACGAAGCAGAGAUGGCGCUGGAAAAGAAUGGUUUCAAUUUGCAGGGUAAUAAGAUUUUUCUUGACGUGGCUGAGAUUGCUCCAUACCCUCUCCGACCCAAGUCGAAGGUAGAAAGCCUUCUGAGAAAAGAAGGAGAACAAGAAGAUGAAGAUGGAGAAGAAGAUGAAGAUGAUUUGGAGACCAAACCGAAUUUGAAGAAAGAUGAGGUACCUACGAUGGGUGGAUUCUGCGGUAAGAAGAUUAUCUUCUGUUUCAACGACUUGUAGAAGAAGAUGAAGCUCUUUGGUGUUUCUAACUUUUGUGAUACAAUGCAACUUUUUUUUUUUUUUUUACUAUUUCGUUUUUUUUCUGAAAAUAUGCUUAAUUUUGAAUGAUUUAGUGUUAAAUCAUAACCUGCCUUCAGUAUAAACCUUAUAAAGAGCUGUUUGAACUA